GGUGAAAAUGAAAUCCUUGAAACUCUCUACAAUAUUGCAAGCAAGAACAAGAUAUGGAGGUCUUACAUAGGCAUGGGUUAUUACAGCUGCUCAGUGCCUCAACCCAUUGCACGGAAUUUGUUGGAGAAUGCAGGAUGGGUUACCCAGUAUACUCCUUACCAACCUGAGGUUUCCCAGGGCAGGCUGGAGAGCCUGCUAAAUUACCAAACCAUGGUGUGUGAUAUCACAGGAAUGGAUGUGGCUAACGCAUCUUUGCUGGAUGAGGGGACAGCUGCUGCAGAAGCCAUGCAAUUAUGUCACAGGCACAACAAGAGAAGGAAGUUCUAUGUAGAUGCCAGAUGCCACCCUCAAACAAUAGCAGUGGUCCAAACCAGAGCAAAUUAUACAGGUGUUAUUACUGAGCUCAAAUUACCACAUGAGAUGGAUUUCAGUGGAAAGGAUGUCAGUGGAGUAUUAUUUCAGUAUCCGGACACUGAAGGGAAGGUGGAAGACUUCUCUGAACUAGUUGAAAGAGCUCAUCAGAAUGGGACUCUCGCCUGCUGCGCGACUGAUCUUCUGGCUCUAUGUAUUCUGAAGCCUCCUGGAGAGUUUGGGGUAGAUGUUGUCCUGGGUAACUCCCAGAGGUUUGGCGUGCCGCUCUGCUAUGGGGGACCCCACGCGGCAUUCUUUGCUGUCAAGGAAAAUCUAGUGAGAAUGAUGCCGGGCAGAAUGGUGGGCGUUACAAGAGAUGCAAACGGAAAGGAAGUGUACCGACUUGCUUUGCAAACACGAGAGCAGCAUAUCAGGAGGGAUAAAGCUACCAGCAACAUCUGCACCGCACAGGCUCUUCUGGCUAACAUGGCAGCCAUGUUUGGUGUAUACCAUGGGUCUGAUGGAUUAAGGCAUAUUGCAAGACGGGUACACAAUGCUACUCUAAUCUUGGCUGAAGGUCUCAGGCGAGCUGGUCAUAAACUACAUCAUGAUCUGUUCUUUGAUACCUUGACGAUCACGUGUGGAUGCUCAGUCAAAGAGGUUUUGGACAGGGCAGCUCUUAGAAAGAUAAAUUUUCGGAUUUAUAGUGAUGGCAGACUUGGAGUAUCACUUGAUGAAACUGUAAAUGAGAAAGACCUAGAUGACAUAUUAUGGAUUUUUGGUUGCGAGUCUUCAGCUGAGCUAAUUGCUGAGAGUAUGGGCGAGGAAACCAAAGGCAUCCUUAGCACCCCGUUUAAGAGAACUUCCAAAUUCUUGACACAUCAGGUUUUCAACAGCUAUCACUCUGAGACAAAUAUCGUGCGGUACAUGAAAAGAUUAGAAAACAAGGAUAUUUCCCUUGUUCACAGCAUGAUUCCUUUGGGAUCCUGCACAAUGAAGCUCAAUAGUUCAGCUGAACUUACA